AAUUAAUAUUGCAACACUCGUUGUCAAUAGUAACCAAUUUGACGUAUUUUGGCAAACUAUAAGUGUUUGUGAAAAUAAAACAAUUUCUUAUAAAAAUAAUAAUUUAUAAAAAAAAAAUGAAUGACCCAUUUAAUACAAAUGCGCCGGAACCUAGAAAAAUUGGUGUUUGGACUGAAGGAGCUCCAUCCAUAGAACCACGAGAUUAUGUUCUACCUAAAAAAUCUGCUGAAUCAAUCGAUGACAUUCCGACUAUUCCAGAUUUGGACGACUUGCAAGAUAUUCUAGAAAAAGAAAUAUCUAGACCACCUGUACCAGAUCUCCAAGACACAGAAACAGUCAACACUCUAGCUGAAGUUGGUGAAAGUGGGUCUGUGGAGGGUAUAGAUGCAGCCUUGGAUGUACUUAAAUCUUUUAUGCCGGCUGUAGAAACGGACACGGCUGACACAGUAUGGACGAUAGACUCCUUGUUAACUCAACUCGCUGAGGAAGAAGAAAAUACUGUUUCAUAAUAGUAGUCUUCUAAAUGAAUGGCUUUAAUGUAAUACAAUUGUUUAACAUUAUAGUGUUAUUUGUGCUACAAUUUAAUUCUCAGAUAAGAAAAUAGUGAUUCAUUACUCAUCGUAUCACUUAGUUUAGUCACACCGUUGAUCAAUUAAAUUGUAUGAUGAAGAAAGUUGACCUGUUGAAGUAAGCCCUUCAGAUAGACAUUGAAUAUAAUACGAUUUUAUCAGUCAAGGGGUAGGGCUAAGCUAAUAAGGAGCCACCACCAAUUUUGUUGAAAUUUAUGUAAGGCUUGGGUAUAAAUAAAAGAACAAGCCCUACAUGUGAUAUAAAUUUCAGCAGUCAGUGAUGAGAAGGCGGUCUUUGCUUGUGACUGUUUUUUAAACAUUAAAGAUUUAUAAGAUGUCACAAUUUUUUUAAAUUACUUUCUUAAAGAUACCUUCUUUUUAAGAUAUAAAAGCUAUGGAAUAGUAAUAAAUAAAACAGAGAUCUUUUUAUACUUUAUUUUUAUUUUUAUAAAAGUCUUAUUAUUAUUUUUGGGAACAUUACAUUGUAACAGCAUUAACAACCUUGUUCCGUCCAAUGUUAAAAUAAAUUAUAUUAAGGAAUGAUCACUUACAAUAUUACUUAAGAAAUAUAUUAUUUUAAGAUUACAUUUUUAUUAUUUAUUAACGUGCUCUUAAAUUAAAAAGUUAAUAAUUUGUCUAAAGACAAUUUGGCAGAGCCUUGAGAUGGGAAAGUGCAAUGCUGUGUGCUAUGAAAUGACAAUGAAUGUUUAUGUGUAGUUUUAUUUCUUACUGAACAAUUCAGCUAGAGGCUAAAGUGAAAAUAUUGAAAGCCUUAACAAAACAUCUACUAUUAUGAUAUAAUUACAUAUAUUAAAUAUUUUGUGAA